CUGCAACUGGCCACUCCAUUGUGAUGGCUUGUCUUGUAGGAACCCAACUCGGCGUAAGAACUUGGCAGAAACUUUUCCUUACCAGCUGGCGCGCUCUAAGUUUUUGGUAUACAACUAAGCGUUCUUUGUGCUUUUUGUUUUUUUUAUCUUGCAGCAUCUGGAGGGGGCCGAAUGUGAACUGCGUUGACAGUACAGGGUAUACUCCCCUGCACCAUGCUGCUUUGAAUGGUCACAAGGACGUGGUGGAAGUUCUGCUGAGGAACGAUGCACUGACCAAUGUAGCGGACUGUAAGGGUUGUUACCCUCUUCACUUGGCAGCCUGGAAGGGAGAUGCAGAAAUAGUGAAACUCCUCAUCCACCAAGGACCCUCCCACACUAAAGUGAAUGAGCAGAAUGCUCUUGAGAUCAAAGAACUCAAAAAGUACGGCCCCUUUGACCCAUAUAUCAAUGCCAAGAACAACGACAAUGAGACAGCACUGCACUGCGCUGCUCAGUACGGCCACACAGAAGUGGUGAAGGUCCUCCUGGAGGAACUGACUGACCCCACCAUGAGGAACAACAAGUUCGAGACCCCUCUGGACCUCGCUGCACUCUAUGGGAGGCUGGAGGUUGUGAAGAUGCUGCUGAAUGCUCACCCCAAUCUCUUAAGCUGCAACACUAAGAAACACACUCCCCUGCACCUGGCAGCUAGAAACGGCCAUAAAGCUGUCGUCCGUGUCCUCCUGGAUGCUGGCAUGGACAGCAACUAUCAGACUGAGAAAGGGAGUGCUCUGCAUGAGGCUGCUUUGUUUGGCAAGACAGACGUGGUACAAAUCCUGCUGGCCACAGGUAUUGAUGUGAAUAUAAAGGAUAACAGAAGCCUGACAGCUCUGGAUAUUGUGAAGGAGCUACCAUCUCAGAAAAGCCAACAAAUAGCUGCUCUGAUUGAAGAUUACACAACUGGAAAGCAGAGUGCAAAAGCUGCAGAAAAGAUUCCCCAAGCACCUGUAAUUACUGCCUCCGAACCUGCAUCCCGGAUGCCACAAGGUGAUGUGGAAAAAGCAGUGACAGAACUGAUCAUAGAUUUUGAUGUGAACCCAGAAGAGGAGUGUCCUUAUGAAGCUUUAUACAAUGCAACAUCUUGCCACUCGUUGGACAGCCUCGCCAGCGGGAGGUCUUCGGACAGAGACUCUGUGAAUAAGGAAGUGGAGGCAACUGGUCUUAAAGCAUCAGGAGUCAGGCCUUUAUGUAGCCAUAGAGAGCGUCCGCCCCCUCCUGCCAAGCCACCCCCGGAUGAAGAGGAGGAGCAUGCGGAGAAGCUGGGUCACAGCACUUCCUGUGAGGCCACUGUCACACAGAGGAAGAGCAGGGGAAGUGCUGCUGAGGAAGAGGAGCAUCCUUAUGAGCUGUUGCUUACAGCUGAAACUAAAAAGACAGUUGCAGGAGACAGAAAAGCAAAAGGGGAGUCUUCAUCUUCAGGUGCUGCCAGCAAUAGCCAACCUCAGGUCAGGCCCCGAAAAGGCCUGUCUGCCCAAGACGGUCAGUGGUUGCUGAAUCGCCGAGGCUCUGCUGAUCUUUCUUCUAGCCAUUCCGAGUCGUAUCCCAACCCCGAGGCUCACUUGAUCGAGACCUCCAAAGACCACAGGAGGAGCAGCGGCAGCCGGAGCCAAGACUCUACAGACAGCCAAGACGUCCAGGUCCCGGAGCAGUUUUCAGGGCUACUCCAUGGUUCGUCCCCGGUAUGUGAGAUAAACGAGGACCCUUUCAAGCUAGUUUCUUCUGUUGGUAAAGGAGGCACGGAAGGCCCAGGUCAUUCACCUGCGAUGCAGCUGGAGGAUGCGGAUUUACCUGCCUCUGGACCAGUACGGACCAGCUCUCCUGACCAAAACCAGAAAGUGGUCUACGCAACUGUCCGGCACAUGCACAGCCACCAGGCGGAUCCUGAAACUGUAGUCACAUCCCACAUGCUGCUGCCCCCUGGGGGCACCGAGGAAGAGGGGGACAGAGGUGGUGCUGUGGGCCGAGCCCUCCCAGGAGGCAAGCCCAAAGCAGAGCUCAAACUCAGCCGGAGCUUGUCCAAAUCAGACUCUGACCUUCUGACCUGCUCUCCAACAGAGGACGAUGCCAUGGGGAGCCGGAGUGAAUCGCUCUCCAACUGUAGCACGGGGAAGAAAAGGCUGGAGAAGUCUCCGUCCUUUGCUUCGGAGUGGGAUGAGAUUGAGAAAAUAAUGAGCUCCAUUGGCGAAGGCAUUGACUUUUCUCAGGAACAACAGAAGAUCUCAGGUUCGCGGAUGUUGGAGCAGAGCGUUGGGGAGUGGCUGGAGUCCAUCGGCCUGCAGCAGUACGAGAGUAAGCUCCUUCUGAAUGGCUUUGACGAUGUCCGCUUCCUGGGCUGCAACGUCAUGGAGGAUCAGGACCUCCGGGAGAUCGGCAUCAGUGACCCGCAGCACCGCAGGAAACUUCUCCAAGCAGCACGUUCCCUUCCCAAGGUAAAACCUCUGGGUUGCGAUGGGAACAGCCAGCCGUCAGUUCCUGCCUGGCUUGACUCUUUGGGGCUUCAGGACUACAUCCAGUCCUUCCUGUCGAGUGGCUACAGCUCUAUUGACACUGUGAAAAACCUCUGGGAGCUGGAGUUGGUGAACGUGCUGAAAGUAAAUCUGCUUGGCCAUCGGAAAAGGAUCAUCGCCUCUCUGGCGGACAGGCCUUAUGAGGAGCCGCCACAGAAACCACCACGCUUCUCGCAGCUGAGAUGCCAGGAUCUGAUGUCCCAGACAUCGUCGCCCCUGAGCCAGAACGACUCGUGCACGGGCAGGUCUGCAGAUCUCUUGCUGCCUUCUGGAGACCCUGGGAAGAGGCGACAUGACAGUGGCCAUGAAGUCGCCUCUUAUCCCAGAGCUGACAGAUACAAAGCACAGGAGGAGCGUCGUGAGCCAAAGCUGACUCUUCGCCCCCCCAGCCUAGCAGCACCCUAUGCUCCCGUCCAGAAUUGGCAGCACCAGCCCGAGAAGCUCAUCUUCGAGUCCUGCGGGUACGAGGCCAAUUAUUUGGGCUCCAUGUUGAUCAAAGACCUUCGUGGGACAGAGUCUACACAGGAUGCCUGUGCCAAGAUGAGGAAAUCGACGGAGCACAUGAAGAAGAUCCCAACCAUAAUAUUAUCCAUCACUUACAAAGGGGUGAAGUUCAUUGAUGCUUCUAACAAGAACGUUAUUGCUGAGCACGAAAUCCGGAACAUCUCCUGUGCUGCCCAGGACCCCGAGGACCUCUGUACAUUCGCCUACAUCACCAAGGACCUGCAGACCAGCCACCACUACUGCCAUGUCUUCAGCACUGUGGAUGUGAACCUGACGUACGAAAUCAUCCUGACGCUGGGGCAGGCCUUUGAAGUCGCAUAUCAGCUGGCCCUGCAAGCCCAAAAAGCAAAACCUCUGGGUGCUUCAGCAGGAGAAGUGAUCGAAACGAAAUCUUCCAAACCGGUGCCUAAGCCUCGCGUCGGCAUGAGGAAAUCCGCAGUGACGCUCCCUCCCGAUAGUCGCUGUUGUUACUGUCACACCUGUACUACGCAUCGUCCCUCCUAUCUGCCGCUGCAGUCUGUUAGUCAAGGAGCUAAGCUGGAGCCAUCUGAAGUGGAUCAAGACUCCCAGUCUCAUGCCAGUGUUUCCUGGGUUGUGGACCCCAAACAGGAAUCCAAGAGGACCCUCAGCACUAACUGAUCCACAGGCAGCUGUGUUCUACCAUGGAAAUGUAGUAACUGGGCAGAGAUCUAAGAAGCAGUGGCACGCCGACGUGAAGAAGAUCUCCACCUGGCACUGGUGUCUGCCUCUGAAUAUAGUCUGGCUGCUCAGUAAGGGCUUGCAAAGCUGAGAGGGUGGGGGAAGGGAUCCCAAGUGACCAGCUAACAAAAGCAGCUCCACAUUUCUGGCACAGGAGAUUGUUGAUGUCAAGGGAGUGAUGCCAUGUUUUCUAGUUUGAGACCAACUUUUUUUUUUUUUUUUACCACUGUUCCUUUUUACAUGCCAUAUAUGAAGCGAAUCAAGUUCACAAGUCACAUGUAGCAUAUUGCAAUUAUUUUGGAUGGGAGGGAUGGGGGGAGCAAAUCCUUAUUUGUUAAGAGAAUCCACACGGUACUGUCCUCUCCUGCGGUGAGUAGAUGAAGUCUUAGCAAUGGGGCCAAGAUAUGUCUUUAACGGUACUUAAAUUACUUCAGUUCUGGGUGUGCAGCAAAGAAUGGUAACCAUAUUUUAGACACAGUAAUUUAUGUCAGGUGAGGAAGCUUGGCUGGCUGGGUUUUCUCUCACUUUUUUUUUUAAGUCACUCCAAACCCAGAAGUGGGGAGAUGGAUGUAGUUCAGUAAAACGGCCUGCAAAGGAUCAGUAACCGUAGAAUGGCAGAUGCCCAGCGUAACCACUGGUACAAAGCCUGCUCUUGCUACAGAGAACUGUUGCAUUGCAGGACUUGAUGUUUUUAUGGUGAAAAGGGCUGAGUCCAGGGGUUCAUUAACACGCUGAAUGACAGGUGCUUCCUCCUUCCUACAGCCUGUCCUGCAUCCACCGCAUUUGUUAAAUGCAGCUAUGCCUAGCAGGGUUGGAUUUUUUUAACAUGAAUUCGAUUGUAAUUUAGCACUUUUUGAUACUAGCUCAUUAUUUAAUUAGUGAACCAGGGUUUCAGAGUAUGAAUAAAAAAGGAGUUCAGUUCUGGGCAUUGUGCUGAAACAGUCUGUUCGGGACAGUAAAUCCGAACAACCCAAGGGUGGCAGAUUCUAAAUCAAAGUGUUACAUUCCUGAACACCAUGCAUCAAUUUUGAAGGUGCUGUGUACUUACGCUUCAUUCAGACUACCAGAGUAUUUAACAGUGGUUUUGACUGUGACUAUAUGAACAAAUAGCUUUGCAGUACUCUCUCCAUCUGGACCUUGUUGCCAGGGAGAGGUGGUAACAGAGAAAGACAAGGAGUUGUGCACGGUUAUUGUGGUCUCUGACAGACGUGACGGUUUAGGAUGUGGUGCCCUGCUGCUUUAUUAGAACGAUACGUCCUAAUGAUUUGUCUUUCAACUCCAGUUGCUGCUGAACGUCUGGAUUUAAUUUAGUCUCAUCCCAGCUGAUGGUAAGGCUGAGAGAAGCAAACUGUAAUCCCAAGGGCAUAGACCUGCAAACGAUUAGGAGGUGGAAGUCGAGACGUUUGUUAAGUUGAUGAAUUUAGGAAACCUAACAUUCCUUGUUACACAUACGUGGCAGUUCAUGCUGAUGUAACUGUAAAUAUUCGGUGUUUGGCCGCACAGUCAGUUUGGAGAGAUUGCGAAUUGAACCUCUGCCUGGGAGGAGGGUGAGCUUUCUUUCUGAUGCAUGAGCUUUUGAGGUUGGCUAGAUGCAAAAGUGGUGAUGAAGACUCCAAACUUUCUGUUGUCUUCAGUGACCCAGCAGCCCCCAGUGCAGUUUUCUAGCCAGAUCUUCCUUUUCUUAGUUGGUAGACGUGACAGUAGCUUUGGCCGUUCAUCUCCCUUUCGGUUUGGUACAGUUUUCAAGGUACUUGCCUGCUGGCGGCUCUCAUCCUGGACCCUGCCUCUUCCAGUUGUAGUGACUCCCGCUGCCCUGGUACUUUGCCAUUUGUACAGUAUUCCGGCUCUUGCCUUCAUACAGGGUUUCUCACAGUAUCAAUUUCUGGUGCUGAAUGUGAUUUUAAUGCUAAGCGCUGCACCUGUUCCAGUACCUACUUUGCAACAAGGUAGUUUCAGCCUUUUGCUUCACUUUCUUCCUGUUUUCAAAGAGCAGAUUGUAUUGUAGAGACCUCCACUUAUAUAUGGUCUGGGUCCAGCCUGAGAACUCUAGCUAGAUGCUAAGAUUAAUUGUUGUCCUUUUUUGUAGCAAGGGGGCAGAGAUCACUGUGUAUCAAAUUAAAGCUGCACUAUUGUUUUUUAUUAUUAUCGUUCCGUAUCUACUAAGAACGCUAAUGUCAGAGGUUCAGCUCUGUUGUUGGUCUUGCUUUGGGACUGUUCAUCCUAGAAGAAAGGAACAUUUGGGAUCUGGGUGCUUUGUGGAGAUGCAUCCCAACUUCCUCCCCUAGAGAGAGUUAUAUAGCAUCUUCAUGGAUGUGCUUCUAAUUUAAAAAAAAACAAAAAAAAAACUCAGCCGGAGUCCGGCUGUGACAUACAGACCAGGCACCAAAUGGUACCUCUGACCAUUCCUUUUUUCUGUAUCUGUGAAAAUGAAGUAGGUUUAAUUGCAUUUACACUCCCCCUACAUCCCCAACCCAUUUCAGAUUCCUCAGUAGGAUUUUCUCUUAGCAGUUGCAUCACUUGAAGACGUGUUCAUUUGAUAACUAGCACUCUGCAACUCCACACUCCCUUUUAGAUCCCACACUGGCAUAUCUGGGAUUACUUUGCAGCAUUUCACUUUUAAAAGGAAGCAACUUUGCUGCUCUUGCAAUGGUAGAUCUAGCUCAGACAUCUCUUUCUUGUCCUUCGAAGAAUAACCUGAGAUUCCCCAACAGGGCAGAGAACAGUCAAGUUCAGUUUGCAAUGUAGACAUUUUUGCUAAUUGUGAUGUAUGGCAGUGGGACUGAUUUGUAAUACAAAUGUUAUUUAAUCUUUGUCUCUGUAUUUUGAUACUUGAAUUAUUUCCUUUUAUUUUCUUGUACAUACAAUUGUUGAUCUGUUCAAAUUUUGUCUGAAUUUUAAACAUCUUGUGGUACCAAACGUAACCAAUCUGUGCAACAACAUAGACUGACCUCACUACAACAAGGCGAGAUUGUAAAUAUUCCUGGGCUUCCAGCAGUCGUUCUGUUGUUUUCAUAAUUGUACAACUUAGAACAGACUGAAUAAAUAAACUUAGACACACA